AUGUCGACUUCUCAUUUAUCCUUACCAAACCUUACUAAAUUGAUUUUUGCAGGAAACCUUUUCACUUUUGCGCAGUUUUUAUUUAUAUCGGGAGAAGGUCUAUUUCACCACCUCGAGUAUAGACCCCCUUCGCCGAUCCUGCGUCUCAAAAAACGCACAGUCCCCGUAUAUCGAUGGGUUGUUCAGGUGGUUCUAUUUUUUACGGUGUCUGUUUUGAACAAUAUCGCAUUAGGAUACAGAAUAUCUGUACCUCUUCAUAUAAUUUUUCGUAGCGGGGGUCUAAUUAUCAGCAUGGUAUUAGGAUGGGCGUUGGCUGGCAAGAGGUACACACUGAAACAGGUUAUAUCUGUUGUGAUGGUCACUCUGGGAGUCGUGUUGGCGACAAUUAGUUCUGGCAGCAUCAAUACGAAGGGGAGAGUCAUCGAUGUCAGCACCUCGGAUUAUGUGAUCGGCAUUAUUCUUCUCUCGAUCGCCUUAAUACUCUCUGGCAUAAUGGGCUUAUACCAAGAAUUUACCUAUCAAAAAUAUGGAAGCAAUUGGCGUGAAAGUUUAUUUUAUACGCAUUUUCUUGCGUUGCCACUAUUCUGCAUAUUUUACUCCGACAUUGCGGGCCAGAUUCAGAGUUUCAACAACUCUCGAUUAAUAUCACUAGACAUUGUAAUCAAUAAAGUCCCAGGCGACUUUCAUGUUUUAGAUCAAGCUCGAAGCGUGUUGACGAAUUGUUCCUUGCCUCAAACGUGGCUCUAUCUUAUAAUGAAUGUGCUAACCCAAAUGCUGAUUUCAGAGGCCGAGGUCAGAAAUGACGCAAACCCGCCAGGCAACAUACUCGCUCCCGGUGGUGAGCGGUCCAGGCUGGCGAUCGAAUGUCCUGAGGGAAUACCCGAGGUUUCAGAGCUUUAA